UUGAACAGUCGCAAUUAAUAAGAAAAAGUUCAAUAUUCUUUCGCACAAAUGUUUUCAAUAAUAAUUUUAGGACUGUUUGGGUUACUUCAUGGAGUGCCUCUCCAAGAUUUGGGUAAUAAAAACACGAUUUAUGGAAUUUCGGGGAAUGGAAAACCGUUAACUAUAAAGGCUUUUCCUGCUAUCGCGAAUUAUCAAAGUGAUCUGUAUGAAGUUUAUCAAGAACCAUAUCAUUAUGAUCUUAGACAACGAGCUGCUGUUGCAAUUCUAUCAAGCGUAGAAGAAAGUGGCGUCCAAGGAGAAAUAGUCUUCGUCCAAAAGCAUCCCCCAGUGGGACCGAUUUUUAUAAGAGGUAAUAUUACAGGUUUAUCUCCAGGAAAACAUGGACUUCAUAUUCAUCAAGCCGGUGAUCUGAGGGAUGGUUGUGAUAAACUUGGUGGCCAUUUCAACCCCUAUUUGGUCCAUCAUGGUGGCUCAAAAUCCGCAAUCCGCCACGUAGGUGACUUGGGAAACGUUGAAGCCAAAGACGAUGGAGUCGCUGAAAUAGUCACUAUAGAUCCUAUUAUGUCUUUAUCAGGAGGUCCUAGAGGAAUCGUAGGAAGAGCCUUGGUUGUUACAGAAAAAGAAGAUGAUUUGGGGCAAGCAGACAAUGCCAAUAGUUUGGUUGAUGGAAAUUCUGGGAAACCAUUAGCUUGUGGAAUAAUUGCAUAUGUUCGAUAAAAAUUGUAUAGAUGUGUGUAGGUACAUACCUAAUAAGGAUUAGGAAUUAAAUUGGCUUCGAAAUAACGUAUAGGAUGCGACGUCAAUAGAUAAAGAUUAAAAGGAUUUAUUUU